UGGCGAAAGGAGGGGUCCCUCAGCGCCGUUCGUCCUAUGGAGAACGCCACCGAGCUGCCCCUCCUUCGCUCCGCCCCUUCCCCGUCUUCCCCUCCCCUCCCGAUGAUGGCCCGCCCCUCUUGCCCCUUCGCUUGGGAGCGGACGGAGAGUAAAUACAACAGGAGCGCAAAAUGGCGGAGUCGCUGAGCCCCGUCCACGGCGCUGCCGCCGCCCCAGAGAAAGAAUCAUUCUGCAAGCCACCGCCGCCUCCCUCUCCUCGGGAUCCGUCGUGCUCUCUGUCAGCCAAAAAGGUUCGGACCGAGGAGAAGAAGCCCUCGAGGAGAGUGAACGGGGAAGGGGGCGGCGGCGGCGGCGGGAAUAGCAGGCAGCAGCCGCCUCCGCCUCAGAGCUAUGGCAGCCCCGCGUUGUGGAGCUUCGCGGCCGUGGCCGCCGCCGCCACCCCUCCUGGCGGCUUCUCUUUUCCCGCGGGCGCUGUUACUACUUCCUCCUCCUCCUCCUCCUCUUCUUCAUCCUCCUCUUCCUCCUCCUCCUCCUCCUCCUCUUCCUCGUCCUCCUCUUCCUCUUCUUCGCUCUCUCCCCAACCUCUGCCCCGCAAACUGCUCGUCUCCCCGACGCUGCUUCACGCACAGACCCACCACCAUCUUCUGCUCCCUUCUCCUGCUGCCGCUAACACCAAGCCUCGGAGACCCAAGGAGAAGCAGGAGAAGAGGAGGCACCUCGCCGGCGCAGCGGGCGAGGCCGGCGGAGCCCGAGAGGAAAACGGGGAGGUGAAACUCCUGCAGAGAGAGAAAAUCAAAGACAAAAUUAAAGAGAGAGACAAAGAGAAGCAAAAAGAAAAAAAGAAGCAUAAAGUAAUAAAUGAAAUAAAGAAAGAGAAUGGAGAAGUCAAAUUAUUGCCGAAAGGUGGGAAGGACAAACCAAAAACAAAUGCAGAAGACUUACAAAUUAAAAAGGUAAAGAAGAAAAAGAAAAAGAAACACAAAGAGAGUGAAAAAAGGAAGCGUCCAAAAAUGUAUAGCAAAUCUAUUCAGACCAUCUGCUCAGGAUUGCUUUCUGAUGUUGAAGACCGAGAAGCCAAAGGCAUCAUAGAUGAUCAUCUUGAGGAUUAUAUUGGAAAGAAUUUGGAUACCAAGAAGGACUAUGAGUCUAAGAUACCAGAGAACAGUGAGUUUCCAUUUGUCUCAUUAAAGGAACCGAGAGUUCAGAAUAAAAUGAAAAGGUUGGACACAUUGGAGUUCAAACAGCUCAUUCAUAUCGAGCACCAGCCUAAUGGAGGUGCAUCUGUUAUCCAUGCCUACAGUAAUGAACUCUCCCACUUGUCUCCUGUGGAGAUGGAGAGGUUUGCAGAAGAGUUUGUGGGGCUGGUUUUUAGUGAAAAUGAAAACUCUGCAGCUUACUAUGUAAUGGGUAUUGUUCAUGGGGCAGCUACAUAUUUACCUGACUUUUUAGACUACUUUUCAUUUAAUUUCCCCAAUUCACCAGUGAAAAUGGAGAUAUUAGGAAAGAAAGAUAUAGAGACAACGACUAUGUCCAAUUUUCAUGCUCAGGUAAAAAGAACCUAUUCUCAUGGUACAUAUCGAGCUGGCCCAAUGAGACAAAUCAGCUUGGUAGGAGCAGUGGAUGAGGAAGUGGGAGAUUACUUUCCAGAGUUUCUUGACAUGUUGGAAGAUUCACCUUUUUUAAAAUGUACACUGCCAUGGGGAACACUAUCUAGCCUAAAAUUAGAGAGUCGGAAAGAUAGUGAUGAUGGUCCUAUCAUGUGGGUACGUCCAGGAGAACAAAUGAUCCCUGUGGCUGACAUGCCAAAGUCACCUUUCAAAAGGAAAAGAACUACCAAUGAAAUAAAAAAUCUGCAGUACCUACCUCGAACUAGUGAACCCCGUGAAAUGCUUUUUGAAGACAGGACACGAGCCCAUGCAGAUCACAUAGGACAAGGCUUUGAGCGACAGACUACAGCUGCUGUUGGAGUGCUGAAGGCUGUGCACUGUGGAGAGUGGCCUGAUCAGCCUCGUAUUACCAAAGAUGUAAUUUGUUUUCAUGCUGAAGAUUUCUUGGAGGUAGUUCAACGAAUGCAAUUAGAUUUGCAUGAACCUCCACUAUCUCAGUGUGUCCAGUGGGUUGAUGAUGCAAAACUUAAUCAACUUCGAAGAGAAGGCAUUCGCUAUGCCAGAAUUCAGUUAUAUGAUAAUGAUAUUUACUUCAUUCCAAGGAAUGUUGUACAUCAGUUCAAGACUGUUUCAGCUGUAUGCAGUUUAGCAUGGCAUAUUCGGCUCAAGCUGUAUCAUUCAGAGGGUGAUGUCUCUCAGAAUGCAGAUUCUUUGGAAGUAGGCACAUCAACAGAUCACAUGUCGUCAGUUCUAGGACUUCAUACUGACAGCAUAAUUUGUACUGUAAGCAAAACCACCUCGGAUUCCAAUUUUCCAGACAAACUGCCUACUAAAUAUGAAUUUCAACAGAUUAAACAUGAACCUUUUUCAUCUGUAAGAAUUAAGGAGGAAACCGUGAAAAUUAAUAUUCUUGAAAAAACUACGGCACCUAAUAAUUUGGACAGCCAGAAUGUUAAAGCAAAGUUGGAUCAUGUUGAAUUUACAGAAUUUAAAAUUGACAUGGACUCUAAAUUUGAAAAUAGUAGCAAAAAUCUAAAAGAAAAAUUGUGCCCUGGGAGUCAUAUAAGUUUAGAUGACACAAGGCAGCAUAGUUCAACACAUCCAAGUUUGGAUAGAAAAGAUGAUGACAUUUUGUGCUAAAUUUGUACAUACAGUUUUAAAUUCUAUUCUUUUUUAAACUUAAUGACAUAAUAAUGUAAAGAUUCAUAAAAUUCUAAAAGCAAGCCAAUGCCUUGCUUUUAUGUCUGUUACAGAAAAUAGUUGAUGUAGCUUUGUAACAUUCCUCAGUGCCUGUCCAUAACUGUGAAGUAUCAAAGCACUUAGGGCCAGAUGCACUGUAAACACUGCAGGUUUAACAUAAAGAAGUCUUUAAAUCAUUUGAGUUGUAGGUUUUAGAGUAGAGCUGACAUUAACAUAUAUAUAUAUUUUUUUUGUAAGAUGAGCCAGAAUUCUUUUUGACAAUUCAAGGCUUUUACAUAGAGCUUAUUUAUACCAAUUUUUUUUUCCCAUUUUAAUGUGUCAGCACUGUAGUGUAAAUAGCUUUUUUAAAAUAAAUCUUUUUAGUGUGAUUUUUACUGAAAUGUGAGCCACUUAAUAAAGGUUCAUAAUAACAAAUUUGUUUUAUUGUUGGGUCUGCAAAAAAGACUUAUUGAAAAUUCAGUUGAAUCGUUUCAUUGAUCUAUUAUGUUUCUAUUGCUGGUGUAUCCAUUUAAAAGUGGUAAUGGAAUGCAAAUGUACUCAUUCAAAUCUAGUGAAUAUUUAAAUUCCCCACUCUGGAAAAGCAUUUUUUUAAACCAAGAUUCAGUUAUGAGAACAUAUAUAUAUACACACACAUAUAUGUGUAUAUGUGUGUGUAUGUGUGUUUGUGUGUGUGUGUGUGUAUGUACCAUACUUUGCACAAUUUUUAAAAAAUUGUUGAAUCGGAUGAAAAUUUUGAAAAUGUUUAACACUGCUUAUCUGGAACACAUUUUUUUUGUAUUUAAAUUUAGCAUUAAGAAAAGUAAUAGAAAUGUUUUGUGGAAGUUUGGAAGAACAAGAUCUGAAACAAUGUCCUACUACUAUAACUUAGGAAGUCAUGUGGCCUACUUAUAUAUUUUGUUUGUUCACAGAAUUAUUUGCAAUCUGCAGUACAGAAAAUUUCUUACUGAUAGGAAUUUGUAGGGCACUGAGUCCUUUGUGAGGAAGAAUAUCCAAUUAAUUUAUAUUGUAAGGUGCAAUUAAAAUCCUCAUUUAUAUUUUUCUGGGGAGUAGGAAGAAAAUAUAUUAGAUGGUGGGAAAUUAUUGAAAUAAUAAUUAAACUUUCAGAUCCAGGAAUGAUCAUUUUUACUAAUUCUGGUGUGGUGCCUCUUCCAUUUCAGGGUCUCAUUCUCCUCUCCUGGAAGGCAAAUGAUUUAGAUUAAAGAUUUGGCACAGGAAAAUUCUAGGUAGUAAUUAAUUUGGAACAAUAGCUUAAACCCCACAUACCUGGUAAAAGAUUUCAAUAAUCUUUUUUCAGUUAGAAAUAAAGCUGAACUCAGAAGGAUGGGCUCUAUGCCAGAAAAGCAAUUGUGUUGUAACAAAUAGCAUUUGGAACUCUCACCAUUGAAAAUCAAUGUCCAACUUGUUAAAUUUAAACUAAAAUAGUAAUAGAUUUCCACUCAUUAUUUCCUUGCAGAUUGUUUCCAUAGCUCUUGACUAGGCUUUGGAUGUGAAAUAUUACAUUUGUUGUUGAAGGACAGACCUUCUGUCUUUUUAUUCAGGUCUUAUCUGUGAACUAGUGCUUCCUGUUCCACUGGCCACAACUCCCAACUUCAUGUUUCAAGAUACCUUUUACAAUUGCUGACCUUCCUGGGGAUGAGGAGAUAACCCUAAGAAAGAGAUAUGCACUGUGAAUGACAGUUAACUAUAGAAGUCGUUUCAAUUCUAGUAGUUAAUAGCUACAUAGUAGGGAGCAUGGGUUUUGGGAAAGGCCGCAAUUUUAGAAGAAAUCAGUACCUUAACAAGACAGUAAGUUUAGUGAAACAGGGAAAGAGAGUUGGUGGUAAAUUAUGAUUACUCUUUCAUUGUCUUUACAGCUAAAUCAUUCCUUUCCCCACCCUUCUGUUUUCCCUCUCUCCUGUCCCAAACAAAACUCAAGCAUUUUGACAACUUUUUUCAGGUAACAAAAAUUAACCUUCUAAGAAAGAGAGGAGGGAAUAAAGUUAACCUGUCUUGCUGUUUCUUAUUGGGGAGGGGGAGUUGAUAUUUAUAGCAAGAUUCGAUUCGGUCUUCUUUCCAAUUUUCCAGUAAGGAAGAAAUGGCUUAGUUCUCAUAGGUCUUUAAGUCUUAAGGUUAUAUAUACUGCAAUAAAAUGCCUUUAAAUUCUAUCUCCAAAAUAUAUGAGCCUUAAACUUUUCAACUUAUAGGAAGUCAUACCUGAAAGCAGCCCAUAAUGGUUGUGUUUUUAAAAAAUAUAUUCCUCUAUAUGCUAUAGUUAAACCUCUGUAUUUUGAUAAUUUAAUAGUUGUUAAAUGCAUACAUCCCUAUGGAGGGGAAAUGCAAAGAAUCGAGAGGUGCAGAGUUUCUGUGACCCUGCCACAGUCCUGUACUAUGAUCAUUCCCCUUGUCUUGCUGGGAAUGGUAAUAAUGACGAGAAACACCUCUGAGUGAUCCAGUUUGAGAUCCUGUGGACUACAUACAUUUCUUGGCAAAAUAAAUAUUUCCACUUUUUAGUAUUACUAAUAUGGUCUCCCAGUUAUAAUACAUUCCAUUUCUCUAACCAUCAGACUGCAUAAUUUUCUUUGCAUCCAUUUGUCUUUUAAUCAGCCACUUGUAAAACAUUUGAAGCACUAAAAGUAUAAAGAUAUCUAGUUAUAAGCUCAACCAGGAGUACAGCAUUGACAGCAUUGUUAAAUAUUGAUAAACAGACAUUAGAAAAAAUCUCAAAAUAUCUUACUGGUAUCAUCUACAAUGCCCUUUUCAGUGCCCUUUUCUGAUUUAUACAACUUAUAUAUGCCUGUAUUUCAUACUCAGGUUAGCUAACAUAAGAAAUCAAACAUUUGUGGUACUUAGUUGAAAGCUUUAAUAAAGCCAUAUUCACCCCCACCCCCACCUUUGUCAAUAAGGUUGUUGACCUCCUCAAUAAAGAGAGAUUAGGUUGGUCUAGCACAGCUUUGUGUGUUUUUUGUUGUUGUUGUUUUUAAUAAAAAUUCUGGUUUUCAUUUA